AUUGCCAUGGAAAUUAGCUGAUCUGGCACCAGAUAUGUUGAUGACAGAGCACUGGGCAGCCACUAUCCUGUGUCCUCCUCCCCUGUUAAAUGAUUAUCUGGAAAUCAGCUGGCUUCCUGAAGAGAAGUAAAAGCCUUGAGCACAAGGAGCAGAGAAGCAACUCUGUACAAUACUGUACCUUCUUCCUCUUGAUGAUAGGAGCUCUGGUGGCAGCACAAGCAGCAGUGCAGAGGGGCAGCAGCAGUAUGGGCAAACGAGCAGCAGCAAAUGAGCAGCAGUAUGGGCAGACGAGCAGCAGCAAACAAACAACAGUAUGGGCAGAGGAGCUCCACCGGCGGCAGGGUAGAAGCAGACGCACGGGCGCGCGAGCAGGGGAGAAGGAGCAGCAGGGGCUCGCGCAGGAGAUUGAUGAGCACGCGCGGGCAGGGGAGAAGGAGCAGCAGGGGCUCGCGCAGGGGAGGAAGCGUGCGAGCUCCUGGUCCACCUGAUCGUUAGGCAGGUUCCGGCAAUGCCCGUGAGGAAUUGCGGCCGGGAGGAAAUGCGGCGGCGCACGCGCGGGGCUCAAGGAGGAUGCGUGUGAGCUCGAAGAGGAUGCGCGGGAGCUCGAAGAGGACGCACGUGAGCUCGAGGAGGACGUACCGGGAGGUUCCGACGACGCCCGCAGGUAAUCGCGGCGGGAGGGGAUCGCGGCGGCGCAGGUCUGGGCGGCGGCGGCGCAGCAGGUACUUGGCGACGGCGGCUACGGCGGAGGUGGAGCAGGUACGUGGCGACGGCGGCGGAGCACUUCCUGCUGUGCGGCGAACCGCGCAGCUGGGCGGCGCCGGCCCCUGGCUACGACGGAGGAAGAAGACGGGGGCGGAGGGAGUUGUUUCAGAUCGUUUUGAAACUAGGAGGGCUUUUUUGUAAAAUCACUAAUGAACUGCGCCCGCGACAUGUUUUUCAGGACGGAGGGAGUAGUAGUAGCGUGUUUUCUACCCAGCGCUACUGGUAAAUACCAAUAGCGUGGGGUCAUAAACAGGCGUACUGGUAAACUUCUAUGUAUAAGCAUUUUCCUAGUAGUGCAGGGGAGUCAGCUGACUCGAAUGCUGGAUUAGUUCUCGCAUUCCAUAUGAGUUUUCACUCAUAUACUGCUUAUUUGCAUGUUGCUUGCCCUGCACUGCAUAUAUGUGUUUUUCCCUUCCAAUUUUCGAAAUUUUUGGGUUGCUCAAAA